AUGUCUCUCAAUGGGCUAGAUAAUCCCGCGGUCAUCGAAGCCUACCAGACUGCGCUCGCCGAGGCGGGAGGAUGGUUCCUCCUCAACUAUAUAUCGCGAGACGAGAUCGAUCUCCUCGGUCGGGGGACUGGCGGGGUGCCCGAGAUCAGGGUUACCAUCGAGGGCUACGAAGAGACCUCCCCCCUCUAUGGCUUUCUUCAGUAUCGUCGCAGGAAGGUGGUGCUGAGGUACAUGCCGGAAGGGCUGUCGAGGUUGAUACAGGCCCGGACAACCGUUCAAUUCCAAUCCGUGCUCGACAAAUUUUCGCCGCACGACAGUGUCUUCACGCUCGCACAGCCGUCAGAGCUGACCGAAAGCGCCCUCUCGUCUGCGUGCUUGCUCCAUGCGGCGUCGGGCUCCAUCACCUCCUCGUCAAGUUCCCUACGCCGUCGCAGGUUGAUGGAAAUCACAGAGGAUGCGGAGGAAGGCACCACUGGGAAGGAAGAGACGCAAUCGGAGUCGCAACCACCGUCGACUCGCCCCGCUGUACGCCAAAGAUCAUUUAGCCAACUAUCACAGUCUACCGUCGUGCCGCCGCGGAACCCCGCGAGAGCAGCACCAAGCCUCCCAGAAGACAACAAUGAUAUAGAUAAAUGGAGUGUGAGGGAACUGGAGAGAGUCAUGACAGACGACAAACUGCCAGACGCAGUGGUGGAGCAGGUCACUGAAAUUUCGUCUCCGCCGAAGCAUUUCCUGGAAGAUCUCUCCUCGCAUUCUUCAUAUGAGCCGCGAAAGUCAUCCCAGUCCGCCCGCCCAUCGUUAAGGGACCUGGAAGUCGUCGCUACAUACUCUUCGAUGAAGGUCAAGCGGGCGCCUCGUCCUUCCUUGGAUGUUAAUGGCCGCCCACGUACGGCAGGUACCAUGACUCGCAGCAAUGAUUUCCGCCCAGUUGCAUCUCUACCUGCCGGCGUCCGUCCUUCCUCCCGGAAGUCAAAUACCGAUGGCGCGCGUCCCCCAUCCCAGCCAAGCCCUAAACUACCGACUAAACGAGUGCCCCCAGUAUUGCCGUUACUCGUGCCGCCUCCGACACUCCCGAUCUCUAGACCGCAGCUGUCUCCCGGUGCCAAGUCCAUGAGCGCUCUGUCAUCAUCAGGAAUGACCCCGGAAAAAGAAAGGCUGAUGAAGGCUCUUCAACUUCGCAAGAAACAGAUGGAAAAAAGAGCUGAGGAGAUGAGGAAGAAACAGAUUGCCGAGGAGAAGCUCCCCGUGCUAGUGGAUCGCGAGAAACAAAAUGCUUCACAAGUUCAGGAUCCUUUCCUGGACUUUGAAGAGAGGCCAAAAUCGGCCUUGACACAAAGUGAAGAAAAGGAAAAUACUACUGAAUAUGUUCAAGGUUCCCAAGAGGAUCAUCAGAAUGACGCAUCGAAAAGAAGCGGCGGUGACAGUGAAAGCGCAAUUCUUCCUCUGGACUCUCAACAAACCCAAGAGCUCGCACUAGAUCAAAACGAUGAACGAGAUUUACCUCGUCUGGAAAAUACAGAUCGUCAGGAGGGCAAGGCAUCGGACGCCACAGCGGAUGACUUUGAGCAGCCAGCUAUCGAAUCCCAGGCUGCUAUACUUCCAGAGACCGCUGAGAUUUCUGAGAGCAUUGAAGCUCUGAAAGAAGCCCACCCAAGCUCGCCAAACCUCUCGAAGCCUGAUUCUGCUGUUGACAUGAUGGUUCAUGACCUGAAUCAAGACCAAUCUUGCGAAGAGACCAUUGAUUCUACGGCCGACACCACUCCUAUUGAACCUGUCACGCUAUUAGACGGCGAUGAUCACCCCCCCCAAGUCGACGAGGCACAGAUCGAAAUGCCAGCGAUAGAGGAAUCGCCAUGGCAAGAUAGUCAAACUAAUCCCUGCACGGACCCGCCUAGCGUCGGGGCUGAAGUCCCACUUGGCAAUUCUCAACAGGCUAUGGAGGAUGAAACCUCUUCCCAACCCGCACAGGUCAUCCCGGACCCCGUUGGGCAUGAGGAAGUAACAACUCUAACCAUCCACUCCGAGACUAUUCCCCUUCCAGAGACUUCGGGGGAUAAACUCCAAUCAGAAGAAUCUGCCGCUUCUACAUCUUUGUCGCCGGUGGUGGAUGGUUUGGGGGUAGAAGAGGAGCAGCCAAAAGAGUCAACGGCAGCUCCUGACGUCUCAGAAGGCCCGGUUGGGCAAGAUAAACCGCAGAAACAGCAGCGGAAGCCUUACCUUGAGCCCAUCCAGGUGCCACCGCAGGACUAUUCCGACGACGAUAAUCUUUCUUCGGACGACUCGUUUAUGGAAGAGUUGAAGAGUGCUACGCUCGAGGAGGCCAAGCCGAUCUCCGUCGGCAAGACCCCGUUGUCGCCCCAUUUCCCUCAAGGCGACAACGAUCACACGUCGGCCGACACCUGGCAUAACACCCGAGCGGUCUCCAAUCCGAUCACCGCGGGGCGCCAGACUUCUAAUCUACACGCCGCCAUGUUUGUCGGCAGAUCUGCAUCAAGCUCCUUCGUGGACAGUAACGGCCCGCCGGUGCUUAAGCCGAAAAAGAUCACCGUGUCUUCCGGCAUCUCGAAGCGGAUACAAGCCCUCGAGAAGCUCUCCAGCAGCCGAGAUCCGCCAACAAGCUCAAUCCCUAAUAUUUCCUCGGCUUCCAAUUCCCCUUCGUUCGAGAGUCUGCGCAAACGUGCAUCCAUGUCCCUCGCCGCUGGAUUUCCAGAGCCACCAUCGCUUUCUAGACACGUGUCCCUGGCUGCACCAUCUGUCCCAGCUAAUGUCUCCGCGCGGUUUUCGACUAUUAAGCGCCACAGCUCUGUGAGCACGUCGGGACCCACCAACGCUCCCCCAACCACUACUCAGAUCAAUCCUGAGCCGCAGCCUGCUUUGAUCGGAAAACCCUUGGAAAUCCCAACUGAUACUCCUGGGCCGUCCGAGGAGCAAAGUCUUCAGCCAAUCGACCAGGCGGUUGAAAGUGAGAAUACAGACGCCUUUCCAUCCAUUCCAGGAGCAGAGACCGAAAAUGAGCCUGUGCCUGCCAUAUCAGAAAAGCGAAGCAUGUCCGUGUCUUCGACAAGCUCGGCUCAUGGCGCAUUGCCUCCCGUAUUAUCUCGCUCUAACAGCAGAUUAUCGUUAUCAGCGCUCUCCAAGGGGGAUGAUACACGAUCAUCCAAUCCCAUAACCGAUCUGCCCGCUACUCCUACGGAGGAAAAGAAAGAAUCGCGUACUUCUCGACUUCUCCGACGGAUGUCGUCACUUACUUCCAAUUCACGGAAGACUGCUCUCCGGAAUCCCAGCCCUGCAGUCAAAGAGGACGAAGAAGAGCCUCUCCCGAAAGAGGAGCCCGUAUCAACUGCACCCCCGGAGGUUGUCAAGGCUGUCGAGAUUGGAGAAGUCAAUGUCCAGUUCCCGGACACUCUUCUGUGGAAGCGCCGGUUCAUGCGCAUCGACGAUCAGGGCUACCUGGUUCUAACCUCCAGCAAUGUGGAUUCCAGUGCCCGGAGUCUCAUUAAGCGGUAUCACUUGUCUGAAUUCCGGACCCCCUGCCUGCCAGAUGAGGACAUGCAAGAACUUCCAAACAGUAUCCUCUUAGACUUCCUGGAUGGAAGCACGCUUCAAUGUGCCUGCGAAUCCCGACAGGGCCAAGCAUCCGUACUUGAAAGUAAGUGA